AUGGGAAUUAUAGAACUGUCAGAUAAAUUUUUAAGGGAAUUACAAGCAUAUUCAAAGAGGUGUCUUGAAUACUUUCUUCAAUUAAACUCUAACAAGACAGAUUCUUCAACUGAAUUGAAGGGAGAGAGUAAUGAUGAUUCAAAAAUCGUCGAAAAAUCCGAUGCGGUAGAAGACCACAACUUUUCAAGAAUAAAUGGGUUGCUUUCGCUGAUAAGCACGAAAUAUCAUGUUUUGAUGCAAAACAAAUUGUUGAUGUUUUGCAUUGUCGCCUGCUCCUUCGUUUGCAUCAUACAAUUUCUUUUCUUUAUAAUUUAUUGGACAGACGUCGUACCUCGAAAGACACAAAAAGCAAUAGAUGGCCUAGACUAUGACUACCUAACAGCUUAUUUAAAGGAGCAGUGUGUUCCCUAUGAGAUAUUUCUCGACCAUUGUAUUCAGUAUCAACCCUUUCUGUUUAAUUUAUAG